AUGGUACGGGAGAACGCGCUCUUUGCCGGAGAGGGGACCGGACAUUACUAUUUCAGGGAUUUCUUUUUUGCGGACUCCGGUAUCCUGCCUUCUCUCAUUGUUAUGGAGAUGCUCUCCAAGAAAGGGGCGACGCUUUCAGAUCUGCUCAAGCCGUUGGAAUCGACCUACUUUGUCUCUGGUGAAAUUAACACGCGCAUCUCGGAAGACCCAAAAGCUAAGAUGGAAGAGAUUGCUGCGACUUUUGGCAAAGCGGGUGCUGUCGAAUGGAUGGACGGAGUUUCAAUUACCUUUGGCGAUUUUUCAGUCCCCUCUUCAUCGGGUCACAGAUGGCGCUUCAACGUUCGUCCAUCCAACACCGAACCCCUGCUCCGUCUCAACGUUGAGGCGACCUCAAGGGAACUUAUGGAGCGGAAACGGGACGCGGUUUUGAAGGUGAUUCAGAGGGGAGGCUAG